AUGUUUGCUUUCUCUUUGGGCCUGGCUCUUCUGCCCUUCAUCUCUGCUAAAGUCAUCGACAUCCAAGUCGGACAGAAUGGACUGACCUACUCUCCCGAGGCAAUUUCGGCUGUACCAGGCGAUCAAGUUGUUUUCCAUUUCCAUGCCAAAAACCACACGGUCACCCAGUCCUCGUUCGCCGACCCUUGUGGAAAGAAAGACGGCGGAAUCAACUCUGGCUUCCAGCCUGUUGCGGCCAAUCAGACCGACAAUCUUCCAACUUUCACUGUCACCGUCAAUGAUACCCAACCGGUCUGGAUCUACUGUGCUCAGGCUGCCAAGACGCCUGCAAGCCAUUGCGGUGCUGGAAUGGUCUUUGCCAUCAACUGUGGUGCUGAUGGUGCCCCCAACUCUUUCACAAAUUUCAAGAAAGCUGCUCUUGCCGUUGGUGCCAGUCUCUCAGCUGCCGCUGCAACUCCCGUAUCCACCCCCGCUGAUGCUGCCACUGCAUGGACAACUGCUGCUUAUGGUGACUACACCAUCCCCCCAGCUCCUGCCGCAACCCAGGUCACCCAAGUCAUUACCCUCGGUUCCACUUCUACCUGGACCACCACUUAUGCCUCCUACCCCGGUUCUCCUGCUGCAACACCCGCUUCCGCAGAGGGCGCUGUCCACACUGUGACAGUGGGCGCCAACGGUCAACUCGCAUUCGACCCACCAUUCAUUUCUGCCGCUCCCCGCGACACUAUCGUUUUCGAGUUCCACCAGAAGAACCAUACCGUCACCCAGUCCUCCUUCGAUGACCCCUGCCGCAAGCUUAACGCCAAUGGUGUCACCGGUUUUGACUCUGGCUUCAUGCCCGUUGCCGCUGACGCGACCUCUUUCCCAACCUGGAACUACACCGUCACCGACACUGCUCCCGUUUGGGCAUAUUGCCGUCAGCAGACUCCUGCCAGCCACUGCGGUCAAGGAAUGGUGUUCGCUAUCAACUCUGUCGAGACUUCUGCUCGCAAUUUCUCGGCUUUCCAGAAUGUGGCCAAAGCUCUCAACGGAACAUCUCUUGCAGUCACUUCAAACACUACCACCAGCGGAAACAACGGUAACAACUCUAGCGGAGCGUUGUCCGUCAGUGUUGGAAGUGUCGCCGGUCUUUCAUUGUUCGUUGCCGCUCUCAUUGGCACCUUCCUGUAA